AUGCGCUCGACGGCGCCCGCGCGCGGGCGCUCGACGUCCACGCGCGUGCGCGCGCGCGCGGACGACGGACGGGGACGACGCCCGACGGGGGCGACGCGCGGACGACGACCGACGCAUCGGGAAAAACUCGGACACGAGUGGACGUACGACGCGCGCGCGGAGGACGGGCGCGCGGGGGCGAGCGAGGGACGUGGGUCCGCACCCGUGGUCGAUCGGUGGUUGAGCGCGAGCGAGAGCGAUGGGUUCGAGUAUCGAGGGGCGUGGUUGGCGACGGGACGGAUGGGAGGGGCGACGCCGGAUCCGGCGUUCGGGGAACGAUUGCGCGCGAUGAAGAUCACGGCGGGGAGGUAUCGAGAGGCGGGGAUGGACGCGAGCGCGUACGCGCCGGGUGGGUCGGCGUACGAGGCGUUUUUGGGGGAACACGUGCUCGAACACGUGCGUUUGGCGAGACUGUUGUAUCGCUGGCGGAUGAAUUUCUUGGUUCGGUUCAAUCGCGAACCAGAGUUCGAGGACAUGCCGAACGCGAUACGACACAUCGAGUCGAAUUACAUCUCGCUUGGGUUCAGGAUUGCCGAGAUCGAGAGACUCUGA